UUGCUGCUCCCUUUCCUGUGUUGUCCGCUGUGCAAGCUACCGUGCUGCUGCGGGGAGGGAGGAAACACCAAUAAAUCCAGCCGGAACGUGGGAAUCUCAAAUUUUGAAGCGUGUGCCUCUAUGAUCCUGCUACAGCCAAGCAUACCCCACCCAACUUUCACUAGGUUCAAAGCAUGGCGGAGCCAACCCGGCCUCAGCGGAAGAUGUCCACCACAGGGGACACUCUGUACAAGGUGCUAGGCCUGGAGAAGGGGGCGACCGCGGAGGACAUCAAAAAAGCGUACAGAAAACUUGCACUGAAAUACCACCCGGACAAAAACCCUGACAACCCAGAGGCGGCCGAGAAGUUCAAAGAGAUCAACAACGCCAACUCCAUCCUGAACGAUGAGACCAAGCGGAAGAUCUACGACGAGUACGGCUCCAUGGGCCUCUACGUGUCGGAGCAGUUCGGCGAGGAGAGCGUCAAGUACUACUUCCUCAUGUCCAAGUGGUGGUUCAAGACGCUGGUCCUGUGCUGCGGCGUGUUCACCUGCUGCUGCUGCUGCUGCUGCUGCUGUUUCUGCUGCGGGAAGUGCAAGCCGCCCGAGGAGGACGACAACUACCAGUACGUGGACCCGGAGGACCUGGAGGCCCAGAUCAAGGCCGAGCAGGACGGAGCAGGUGACGGCAUAGUUAUCGUGCAGCCCAUCCCCAGCCCCGCCCCCGAAAACCCGGGCGAGACCCUCCCGGAGUCCAAAUGACUCGACACAAGUAACCAGGUGGAAGAGGUGCAUCAUGGGAAGGGAGGUCCAAACGUCCCCAUAGUGAUCCAGCCGCAUUCCACAGCCAGCACCUCGGACCCCGCCCACUAACCGGCCAGCCAGCCAAUCCACGAGCCCCGGCAGCGCGGUGGACAUUGAAACCCCUGGACACACCCCCGUGGCCACGCGUCAUCAGCGCGUGGGCCAAUAGCAGCGCUCCCUUCCCACCCCCACGCCCACCCUACUCCAAUCAUCAGCGAUGUGGUUCGUUUUUAUUUGUGAAUGAAGAGCUCUUGUGCCAGUCCUGGUUUUGUAAACGGGGGAGGGGGGUUAAUGCCACAGUUUCCUUCACCCCCCCCCACCCCCCGGGACUCUGUCUCGAUGCAGUGAUCUCACCAGCGGACCAACGCAGCUGCCAGAUGGACCAGUGUCUGCCCUGCUCGGGGGAUGGCGGCGUGGGGGCGGGGUCUAUCUCUAGGCCCCGCCCCAGGUCCCUCCCCCAUGCGGAACCUUGAUCAGCGGGUGUGAAGACUCCUCAUGUGCAUGUGUUUAAUAUUCUGCAUGCAACUGCUGUACAGAAUCAGCCCUCAUCCUGUCAUUUGCACACACACACACACACACACACACACACACACACACACACAGUGACCUCUGGACUCUUGGAGUGGCAGGAGUUCCCAGUUUCAGCCUGCUGAUUACCCCACCAGUGGACUUGAGUUCAAGGGGAAGGAGUAGAGUCAUGGCCGCUUGUCCCCCACCCGCCUCAGUUGGGGGGGGGGUUCGGUUAACCGGCCCCCCAUUUAGCCAUGUAGCUCCAGUAAAACAAUCCAGGGAACUGACAGGAUACAGUCAGCUUCGUAACGCAAGUCUGCUAACCAGCAGCUCUGCUUGCAUCUCUAAAGCAUCUUGAACCACACUGUUAUUUCCCUUUCUCACAGAAGCCAAGUUUAGUGUUCACCCCAUAUUCAGUGGAUAUUCCCUUCUUAAACGCUGAUUUGGUGGAGGCCAAACAUGGCUGUGUUCUGUCACAGGUCUUUAAAGUGGCAGAUAGUACAUUAGAUAUUAUGUAGUAAUAUUUUUUAAGGAGGGGCGUGACCACCGCGCCCAUGUGUGGGCGUGACCUGAGAAUAGCGGCAUGCGGAUGGCGGGUGUAGACGGCACGCCCAGCCUUCUUGCGCUGCAAUACCACACACCAACCACCCCACCCCCCUCCCCCCACACACACGGCAUGUCUGUGCUGACUGAGGGUUUUAGACCUAAGCCACAUGAGUCUCGUGGCACGGACCGGCGCCCUCGCCUGGCCGACCCACAACUCCCAAAAAGGUCUCCCAUCAUCCCGUGCCCCAGCCAACGCCCCAUCCCGCCCCCGCCCCCGCCCCCAUGUCCGUUCCCCUGGCUGAGGGCAGAUGUGCUGUCCCGAGCCGAAUGGAACCGCACUCUCCUCUGUGCCACUUCUGCCACCAGAGAACAAAACCAUGAUAUCGUGGCUGAAAUUUUACUUCAAAAAAAAUAAUAAU